AUGAAUAUAAAAGUAGUCUCCUUGUGUCUUAAACUUUUUGGUCUAGCAUUACUUCUGAGCUGUUCUAUUGCACAAAUUCACUACGGUGUUCGUUAUUAUAAUCGCAAUGAUGUAUUUUGCACUAUUCAACCAAAAAUACCAUUAUACUUAGUUGUUGCUGGUGCUAUGGGUAUAAGUUUUAUUGCUGUCGAUUGGGUAACAGGUUGCUUCGCUAUUAAAAUAGGUAAAUGUAAAUAUGUCAACGUCAUACUUUCACUUUUAUUUGCAUUAUUGAUGAUCGCCUGGUAUGGUAUGGGCUGUUAUUGGAUAUUUCAUAAGUUUAAGACUGUCCAACACACUGAUCCACAAUUACCAACAUAUUGUGACGCUACAUUGUACAAAAGUGCUUACAUUACAAGUUUUGUUUUUGCGGGAAUUAUUGUACUUGGAGGCGUUAUACGAUGUGUUGAGAUCUUUGGAGAUGAUGAUUGCAGUUGGAAUGCACUGAAAGAAGAAGGGGCUAAUAGGACUCUAGUCCCUUUUCCUUAA